UAAACAAAGCACGCCUUAAUAAGUUAAUCAGGUCAGCACCCGGCAGCCAAUGGUGCAAUCGCCCGAAAUUCUUCUCCCGCCGCCGCCCACCACCAGCUAGCAGCCCCGCGUAUAUAAGCCUCGGGCCCGGCGCCGCACAUUCGCCGUCGUCGUCGUCGUCCUGGCGCUCGCCGAUCGAGGCCAGCAGGUAGAUAGACAUCCGCUACGCGCGCGGGCUCGCUGGUCAGGGAGCAGCUAGCAGCAGCUAGCUAGGAGCCAUGUGGGCGUCGUCGUGGUCGUGGGGGUGGGGGUGGGGGUGGGGCGCCGCCGUGCUGGUGGGCGCGGCGUGCCUGUGCGCGCACGCGGCGGCGGAGGCGCUGUGGCUGCGGCCCCGGCGCCUGGAGCGGCACUUCGCGGAGCAGGGCGUGCGCGGGCCCGGGUACAGCUUCUUCGUGGGCAGCUCCAUCGAGCUGGUGAGGCUGAUGCUGGACGCGUCGUCCCGCCCCAUGGCGCCGCCGGGCUCCCACGACAUCCUCCCCCGCGUCCUCGCCUUCUACCACCAUUGGAGGAAACUCUACGGCCCGAAGCAUCUGAUCUGGUUCGGGACCAAGGCGAGGCUGACGAUCAGCGCGCCGGAGCUGGUACGGGAGGUGCUGCUGACGCGGGCGGAGCACUUCGACCGGUACGAGGCGCACCCGCUCAUCUGCCAGUUCGAGGGCUACGGCCUCGGCAACCUCCGGGGCGACCAGUGGGGGCGCCACCGCCGCGUCCUCUCCCCGGCCUUCCACACCGAGAACCUCAAGCCGCUCGUGCCCUUCAUCGCCGCCACCAUGCGCCGGAUGCUCGACGAGCUCGCGGCCAAGGCCGUCGGCAAUGACGCCGGUGGCGAGGCGGAAGUGGACGUGGCCGAGUGGUUCCAGCGCGUGCCGCAGGAGGUGAUCACGUUCGCCACCUUCGGGCGCCGGAACUACGAGGACGGCAGGGUGGUCUUCGAGCUCCAGGACGAGCUCGCCGGCCUCGCCGCCGACGCGCACAGCAAGGUCUACAUCCCCGGGUACCGCUUCCUGCCGCUGAGGAGGAACCUGCGCGUGUGGCACCUGGUCAGGGAGAUCCGGAAGGGCCUGGCCGCCUUCAUCGCCAACCUGCCCAAGGAUGGUCAAGGUCACGGCGACGAGCCGCGGCGGGACGGCGGCGGCGGCAUGAGGGACCUGAUGAGCUUCAUGACGCCGGCCAUGACGACCGAGGAGAUCAUCGAGGAGAGCAAGAACUUCUUCUUCGCCGGGAAGGAGACGCUCGUCAGCCUCCUCACCUGGGCCACCGUCGCCCUCGCCAUGCACCCGGAGUGGCAGGACCGCGCCCGCCAGGAGGUCCUCGCCGUCGUCGGCCGCGACGACCUCCCCACCAAAGACCACCUCCCCAAGCUCAAAACCGUGGGGAUGAUCGUGAACGAAACGCUGAGGCUGUACCCGCCGGCGGUGGCGAUGAUCCGGACGGCGAACCGGGACGUGGAGCUGGGCGGGUGCGUGGUGCCGGCGGGCACGGAGCUCCUCAUCCCGAUCCUGGCGGUGCACCACGACGAGGAGCACUGGGGCGCCGACGCGACGGAGUUCAACCCGGCGCGGUUCGGCGACGACCGGCGGCCGCGGCACCAGAUGGCGUUCAUGCCGUUCGGCGGCGGCGAGCGGGUGUGCAUCGGCCAGAACCUGGCGCUGAUCGAGGCCAAGGUGGCGCUGGCCGUCGUGCUGCAGCGGUUCGCCUUCCGCCUGUCGCCGGCGUACGUGCACGCGCCCAGGGUGCUCAUGAUACUCAACCCGCAGUACGGCGCGCCGGUCAUCUUCCGGCCGCUGUGAACACGCCGGACCAACGCCGGCCAUCCAUCCAUCCCCAAUGUCAAUGCUAGUCGGAUUCAAUUAAUUCCUUGCUGUACAUUACCACCGUCUCCUCUGUCAAGUGAAAAUGUAUAAAGUUAUAGUACCAUACGUACGCAACAAAUGCCAGAUUACAAAGAAGAGAAGCAUAUGUAGCUGUUCAUUGUCAGUUUGCCACAUUUA